GUUUUAACUAAUGGAACUCGUUGAAAGUAUUUAACGUUUUCUACAUCAAACUACAAUUAGUACCUAAAGAUUAACCGUGUCUGCUAGGCUGCACUUUGCAGUGCUGUGAAUUGUGAUGUAAAUAUAACCUAAAAGUUAAAUUGAAAUGUCAUAUGUGACAUGAAUACACCGAGCUAACACUUUUUAAGUUAUUGAUUAAUUGAUUAAUAACCAUGGCUGUUUGUGUAGCUGUCAUAGGAAAGGAUAAUUCUCCAAAGUAUAUUAAGUGUGUGGACGAGACAAAUGCCCUUCAGUUUCAUUACAAAGUACACACAUCAAUUGAUAUUGUUGAAGAAAAAUUAAACAUUGGAACUAAAACUGUAGCUGAUAAUAAAGAACUAUUUUUGGGAAUGCUUUACUCAACAGAAGAAUAUAAAAUUUUUGGAUACGCAACAAAUACUAAGAUCAAGUUUAUUAUAGUAUUACAAUCUUCAAAUGCAACUCUAAGAGAUAACGAAGUGAGAAUGAUGUUUAGAAAAUUACACAUCGCUUAUGCUAACGUUGUAAGUGAUCCUUUCUACAUUCCAGGAGAUCAAAUUAAAUCCAAGACUUUUGACUCUGCUGUGAGUGAAAUUAUGAGUUAGCUGGAGUGUCAGUCAUUCAAUCUAUACUUUCUAUUAAAAGAGUUAUAUUGAUACAUGUAAAGUAUUUGUAUAUUAUUCCCAGUAUAUUAUUGAAAAUCUAA